CUUCCAUUUUAAAAUCAAACACUCCCCUGCGUCAACCCCAAGCUUUUCUUCAUGCAAUUAAUAAACCCCCUUGCCUGAGCUGUGUCACUGACACACACACCUCCCUUAGUUCCCCCAAACACUUCAACACACAUGUCGAUCGCUAACGCCAACACGUCUCCGACUAUGUCCGGCGUCUCAACGACGGUCGACAACACCAGCACCCCUGCAGACAGGGCUCGGUGGGUGGCAAACCCACCAGACCCACCAGGGAUAUGUCGAGACCUCAUCGACUGGCUUCGCCAAACCAUGUUUCCCGAUCCCACCAAGCUUUUCCCACUCAAGAACAAGACUGGAACUGCGGUCCUGGGAAGGGUCUUGAAGGGUGUUUUCCCUAUCCUCUGUUGGGGGCAGAGCUAUAAUCUUGGAAAGUUUAAAAAUGAUGUCUUGGCUGGUUUGACACUUGCUAGCCUCUGCAUUCCUCAGAGUAUUGGUUACGCAAAUCUGGCUAAGCUUGAUCCUCAAUAUGGGCUUUAUACGAGCAUUGUGCCGCCGUUGGUUUAUGCAAUAUUGGGAAGUUCGAGGGAAAUAGCGAUCGGUCCGGUCGCUAUAAUAUCUAUGCUUUUGCCGACGAUGAUUCAGAAAAUUCAAGAUCCCGCCGCCGAUCCUUUUGCCUAUAGAAACCUUGUCUUCACCACCACUUUCUUCGCCGGAAUCUUUCAAGCCGCCUUUGGACUUUUCCGGUUGGGAUUUAUGGUGGAUUUUCUAUCACAAGCUGCCAUAGUUGGGUUCAUGGGUGGAGCUGCCAUUGUAAUUGGACUUCAACAACUCAAAGGAUUGCUUGGAAUCACUCACUUCACUAAUAAAACUGAUAUCAUCUCUGUUAUGGAAGCUGUUUUCGCAUCAUUCCAUCAUCUUAAUAAUGAUCAAUGGAAUCCCUUGAACUUCAUCAUUGGCUCUUCAUUCCUUUCCUUCAUCCUCAUCACCAAAUUAUUGGGGAAGAAGUACAAGAAAGUAUUCUGGUUACCAGCCAUGGCUCCAUUGGUGUCCGUAAUCCUAUCAACACUUUUGGUGUUCCUCACAAGAGCCGAUGAACAUGGCGUCAAGAUCGUCAAACGAGUCCCCCCUGGCCUUAACCCAAUCUCCACUCAAAACAUCCAAAUCCACACCCCUCAUAUCUCCCAAAUCCUCAAUGCUGCCCUCAUCGUCGCCGUCGUAGCUCUCACUGAGGCGAUUGCUGUGGGGAGAUCAUUGGCAUCCAUGAAAGGAUACAACAUUGAUGGGAACAAAGAAAUGGUUGCGUUAGGCUUCAUGAACCUAGCUGGAUCUCUUACUUCUUGCUAUACAGCAACAGGUUCUCUGUCACGUUCAGCCGUUAAUUUCAGUGCCGGUUGCGAGACGCCAGUUUCAAAUGUAGUGAUGGCGGUGACGGUGAUGAUAUCAUUGAAGAUGUUUACCAAGCUCCUCUACUUCACUCCCAACGCCAUCUUGGCUUCCAUUAUUCUCUCAGCUCUUCCUGGCCUCGUUGACAUUCACCAAGCUUACAAUAUAUGGAAGAUCGACAAGCUUGACUUCUUGGCCUGUCUCGCAGCUUUUUUUGGAGUUCUCUUUCUAUCUGUUGAAUUCGGCCUCCUCCUUUCGUUGGUGAUAUCAUUUGCAAAGAUAAUAGUAACCUCAAUCAAACCUGGGACAGAGAUAUUGGGUAAAAUCCCUGGAACCGAUACCUUUUGUGAUAUUCAUCAAUAUCCAAUGGCUCUCAACACUCCUGGAGUCCUCAUCGUUCGUGUUAAAUCUGGCUUACUUUGCUUUGCAAAUGCCAAUUUCGUAAAGGACAGGAUUUUGAGGUUCAUCAGCAGCCAAGAAGCAUCAGGAAAGGGAAUUACUCAAUUCCUAGUCAUUGAUCUCUCCAAUUUAAUGAACAUUGACACUUCAGGAAUUGCUUCUCUUGAAGAGCUGCAUAAAAAUUUGGCAACUAGUGGAAUAGAGAUGGCCAUAGCAAAUCCAAAAUGGCAAGUGAUUCACAAGCUAAAGGUAUCGAAUUUUGUUGCCAAACUCAAAGGGAGAGUUUUCUUAAGUGUUGGGGAAGCUGUGGAUGCAUGCCUUUCAGCUAAAAUGGGAGCUGCCAUCUAAACCACAAACCAAAAUCAUCAAAGUAUAAAUGAAUUUAAUUAAAACAAAUAAUGAAACUUUUCUUAAAUAUUACUACCAAAUUAUCAAAAUGUAAUAAAUAAAUUAUGCAAUUUUACCAAAUGCUACUUCCUAUAUACCUAUAGCUAUAUGUUUUGUUGUCUUUCUUUCUUUUAAUGUGUGGAUUAUAAUUGGUUUGAUCAUAUGUUUGUGUUAUAUAUUUGCUCUCUGUUGGACCAAACUGAUCAAAUAAAUUAGUGGUUCUCACUUAUUGAACCCUACUAUGUUGAUCUUUUCCUUUCGUAUUGUACAAUAUAACGAUGUGUUGUAAAAUAUGUAUAACAAUAAUUACUAUGAGAGGAAAAAAAAACCCAUGUAAUUUAGUUUGA